AUGAAACCAAGAAUAGGAGGAGGAGAGGUGAUUGAAGUGCGUGAAGAAGUGGAGGAGAUCGACGAGUUAGAGAGAUUCCGAAAUGAGUGGCGAAACGAGUUAGCGUCAAGAAACGAUGAGAGUAAAGCGAUGGGUCGGGAAAAGAAAGAGGCAAUCAAGAGGGAAAAGGCUGCCGUUGAAUCAUUUCUUGAGGGUUGCCGUUUAGAGCAAUCCCAUCGUCCAGCUGACAUCUUCCGAGCACUCCACCAUUUCGCUAAAUCUCUCGACAAAUCCCCAAAAGUUGCUGAAAUGAUUGAUCCAAAGUUUUUAAAGCUUCCAAUUAUGGACUCUAAUGGGAAGGAUUUCGAGGCACAAAACGAGUUUCUGAUGAUAUUGAGGGAUAGACUUCAGAAAAGAAACAGCGCUUUUGAGGCAACAAAUGCUUCACCUUGUUAUUUCAAUUGUCUUCCCGGGGAAAUCUUGAUGAGAAUUGUUUGUGAAGUUGUAGGAAAAGAGAUCUCACUCGAUUGUCUCUUUACUCUAUCGAAAGUCUCAAUGAGCUUUUUCUUGACCACUAGAUCAAAUUCGAUAUGGCGAAUGAUUUUCUUGAAGACAACUAGUCCACAGAUUGGAAAAGCUGCCAUCGAACUUCGACCGGAUUCUUGGUACAAUUUGUGCAAUCGAACACCACGACCACUCUUCAAUGGGGUUUACGUGGGACGAACGACGUAUGUGCGACAUGGAGAGACUGGAUAUCAAGAUUCCUCCUAUCGUCCCUACCAUACCGUUUGCUACUAUCGAUAUCUCCGACUUUUUCCAGAUGGUACAUUGAUGAUGAAAAGCUCAGCCGAUCCACCAGAUAAUAUCGUUCAUUUGAUGACGAAGACAUCAAGAAGUGAAUCUAUGAAAGGAAAAUGGUGGUUAGAGGGGAAAUUUCUACAAGUUGAGUUGUACCGGGUCAAUCAAAUCGAAGUGGAACAAUCGAAAAUCGCUCGACGACGAAAUCGUCGAGAAAUUGUGAACGCUAUGCCUCAUGUUGUUCACAAACAGACGCAUCGAUUAACUUUUCGACUAUUCGGUGCACCGAAGAGUAAACUUCUUUGGGUGAGAUUUCAUGUUGAGGUGGAGAUGUUGGAUGGAACGAAGACUGUUUCGGAUAUGGAAAUCAACCGCUACGAAUUACACUCAAAACAAAAAGAAUUCCCGCCUUUGAUCUUUCAAGCGAUCAACUCAAAUCAACAAUCACAAGACGAGGAAAACAAAGAGAAUGAAGAGCAA